AUUUUUUAUUAUUAUUACGUGUUAGAGUAGCCACCCUCCGUUUCUCAGAGCUCUCUCUGCGUUCAAGCUCAGAGCUCACUCAUCCAUGGCUACUUCUCUGCAUCCAAACCCCACAACCUUCCUCAAAACCCACCUUCCAAAAUCCAACCUAAACAACUCCACAGCUAGCCGCUUUCUGAUACGGUGCGGUCCACGGGAUAACCGCGGACCUCUUGUCAAAGGCCGGGUCUUAAGCAUCGAAGCCAUCCAGGCCGUCCAGUCCCUCAAACGGGCCCAACGAUCCGACCCAACCAACAUCUCCACCCUCGUCUCCAAAACCCUCUCGCGCUUAAUCAAAGCCGACCUCGUGGCCACCCUCAAAGAGCUCCUACGGCAAGAUCAGUGCGCUCUGGCUCUCCACGUCUUCUCCAACCUCCGAUCAGAACACGAACCGGGUUUGUCUCUCUACGCUGACUUGGUUAUGGCCCUCGCCAAGAAUGGGAUGGCGGAGGAGAUUGACCGUCUGAUCUUUGAUCUGGAAAAGGAAGGUGGUGGGAUCCCCUGCGACGAUAAGGGGCUGAUACGGUUGAUCAGGGCGGUUGUUGGUGCGGAGAGAAGGGAAUCGACGGUCAGGAUAUAUGGGAUGAUGAAGAGGAGUGGAUGGGGGUCCAGCGGUUUUAAAGCGGAUGAGUAUAUGGUUAAGGCUUUGAGUAGGGGUUUGAAGAGAGUUGGUGAAGUGGGCUUGGCUGAUGAGGUUGAUAAGGAAUUUGGGACGUUUUCGAAGGGCAAUUUGGAGAAAUUGAGUGUCUGAAAGUAUAAAAGCAAAAGGCAACAUGGGAAAAGUGGCUGUGUGCCUUUUUUGGUGGAAAUUGUUUUUGGUAUAAAAAAAAAAAGUGGCUAUGUUCCUUUAUAUCGAUACUAGGUGGCUUAUUGGGCAGUCACUGAACACUACUUUUGUUGCGCUGUUCUAAUAAUAAUGUAAAAUUUUCAGUUUA